CAGCACGUGCUGUUAUCUGGGCUAUGUGCUAUAGUAUAGACUGCAGCCAACUUCAGAGAAAGAGCUCGCGCGAAAAACAUUUGUCCUCGGAUCUUAACCUCAAAAAGUGCGAAAAUACACAAACCCACCGCAGCGCGAUCAUAAUAAUAACAAAGCGACGCGGCCCGAGUUACUUCGGCGUUAUCGGUCGGCCGCGUACACGUCGCAAAGCCAUAAUCGCCUCUGGUGUGACGUUUUCCUGGUUUUUAUGGUCCUCCGAAAGACUGCGACUGUUUGCCACUCAAAAUGGGCGACAUCCGUGCCGGUAUCGAGGAACUCAAACUCGACGGUACACUUUUCGCUAAAGUCAAGUACUACGUCAGUGGCGAGGGCGAUCCUAAGAUCAUAAAUCUUUUGCAAGAGGGAGGAGCUGAACGAUCAAAUUAUUUCAGCGAUUAUGUUACUCACCUGAUUGCAGGCUUUGAUGCUUUGGAAAAUGACAUUUCCGAAGCAAAAGAUUUGUAUGAAAUUCCAGCAGUUACGCAGGAUUGGAUACUAUACUCCAUAAAAUGCAAAAAACUUCUUCCAACCCAAUUUUUCUCGCCAGAAGAAAAUCAGCUGUUUUCCAAUGUAAGAGCUUGCAUAUCUCAAGUUAGUCGAUCAGAUAGCAAAGCACUAUGGGCAAUGAUAACGCUGCAAGGAGGCAAAUGCCAGCUACGUUUAGAUAGAUUUUGCACACACUUGAUAGUUACUAAAACCAGUGGGACCAAGUAUGAAGCAGCUUCAAGACACCAAAUAAGCAUUGUAACACCUGAUUGGGUUACAGAAUGUUGUAAGAAAAAAAGUCUUGUACCAGAGUCAGAAUUUCAUCCUCGCCUUUUAGUUUAUCCAUCACCAAAUAGUUCAACGGCGUUGAUCACUGGAUUUAUGGAUGAAGAUGUAGAAAACAGUGCAGCGCAAGAAGAACAGGAUCGUACAAAAGCUAUGCUAGAGCAACUAAAACAGCGAAUGCCAUGGAACCAACCAAAACCACAACCUACAGCUACAACACAACCAAUGUCUCAAAGCCAAAGUGAAACCUCGACUUCAACAACUGCGUACCUUUCUAAUGUCAACCAAGGAGGUAUAGGCAAUUCAAACAUACCUGAUGAAAUGCAUCAAUCUCAGGUACAAAAUCAGCAGCAGCAUCAACAUCAGUUUCAACAGCAGCAUCAUCAGCAGCAACUACAACAAAUACAGCAUCAGCAGCAGCAACUACCACAACAGCAAAUGCAACAACUUUAUACUUGGACAUCAUCUUCUGCAAAUACGCCAACACAUAAUACUCCAAGUAUUCCUGUUUCGUCAGUACAAAAUAAUGUACAACAAAGUGGAUGGCAUUCUCCUGGAGCUCAAACAAACAAUAUGCUUCCUAUGAAAUCUCCAACACCGCAAGAAGUACCAACGUCACAGAUCAUGGGUUCUCCUACUUUACAUCAAUCACAACAAUUGAUCAAUCAACAAUCAGAAUCACAUGAAAUAUCUUCGCAAACACAAAUGAGUCAACAAUCAGCUAUAAGUCCACAAGCUAUGCUCUCACCACAGCAGCAGGUUAAUUCACAGCUUCUUCAACAUCAACUAUUAUCACAACAACAACAGUUAAACAAUCAACAGCAUUUAAAUGUCCAACCACAACAGUUAAAUGCUCAGCAGCAAAUGUCUUCCCAACAGCAAAUAGUACAGCAGCAGCAGCAGAUGUUAUCUCACAAUCAGCAACAAAUAAUGCCUCAACAACAAAUGAUGCCUCAACAACAGAUACAAAAUCAACAACAAAUGACAUCCAAAUCACAAAUUACACAACAGCAACAGACUGCACCUCAACAACAAAUGGUUCAACAUUUAGGACCACAACAACAGAUGUCAUCUCAACAGCAAAUGAUUCAACAGCAACAGAUUCCUCAACAACAAAUGCUUCCUCAACAGCAAAUGGCUCCCCAACAGCAACUAAACUCACAACAACAAAUGACGCCACAGCAGAUGGUCCCUCAACAGCAAAUGGUAGCCCAACAACAAAUGACAUCGCCACAACAUAUGGUGGUCCAACAGCAAAUGACAUCGCCACAACAAAUGGUUCCUCAACAACAAAUGACAUCACCACAACAGAUGGUUUCUCAACAACAAAUGACGCCAUCACAACAAAUUGUACCCCAGCAGCAAAUGAUUCCACAACAACAAAUAGGACCACAGCAGCAAAUGUCUUCACAAUUGAACCCUCAACAGCAGUUAAUAUUACAACAAAAGCAACAACAACUAAUAUCUCAAGUUCAUUUGAAUCAACAACAAUCUCAACAAAUGGGUCUACAGCAACAGCAAAGUCCUGUGCAAAAACAGCAGUUAACUCCUGAACAAUGCCAACAAAUGCUUCUACUCCAGCAACAACAAAAAAUUCAACAAAUAUCUCAACAGCUUCAGCAAUCGGCACCACAAAGUUCUCAACAAUUUGUUCUACGGGAAGGACAAGUACAACAGCAGUCAUCUACUCAAUUGAUAGGACCAAAUCAACAAGGAUUCAUGGUUCAAAGAGAUCCUCAAUGGCAACAGCAGCAAUAUCAGUUACAGUUACAACGUCAACAGCAGCAGCAGCAAAGACCAGGUGGUCAAUGGGCACAACAGCCUCCGCAACCACCAAGACAACUUAUACAACUAGACGCUCAAACACAUCAGCAAUUGCAACAAUUAGAUCCACAGCAAAGGGCACAAUUUAUACAAAAAAUUCAAAAGCAAAAGAACUUACUUUUUCAACGACAUAUACAACGUCAAGCUCAACAGCAAGGAUCGCAUAUUGCUGUUAUUCGAAGUCCUGGCAAACCUGGACAACCAGGUGGCAUUCAGUGGGUUUCACAACCACGACCACAAAUGAUGGGACCUCAGGUUGCUGGAGCCCCAGGUCAAAAACCAGCUCAGAUGCAUCCUAUUGUUCAACCACCAGCCCUUACUCCUAUAAAUUCAGGCAAUCCAGUACUAGUCCAAAGCGGCCAAGCUGGGCAAGUUCCUCAAGCUUCUCAAAGUCCUCAGUUCCAGCCAGGCCAGCCUCUGACUCAGCAGCAGUUGGCUCAGUUGCAUAUGCAGAAACAACAACAACAAAUAGCUCGGAUGCAACAACUGCAACAAAUGCAACAACAACAACAACAACAACAGCAACAGCAGAUCGUUCAACAAGAGCCUUCCUUGACAACUAUACCAGGAAAUGCACAAAUACCGACGGACCAGCAACUAGUUGUGAAUGCCAAAACGAAAACAGCUCUGGCUAAUAUGCUUACUAACAGGUUACAAGGUGGAACUGCAGAAGGUAGUGCAGCCAGUCAAUUAAGAUUGAUGACUGCUCAACACAGGCCACCACCACCGCCCUCUCAAGAUCCUCAACUUCUGGCUGCUUAUCAAAGGAGGACAUUAGGAAAUAUUACUAACGGUGCACCUCCAGGUGGACCGGUAAAAAUGCAAUGUGCUCCAACUGCUGUGCAACAACCAAAAGCACAAUUUUAUGGACACAAUCCCAAUUUAAAACUGCCUCUCGACUUGUUUUUAUUCGGAUGCAUUUUCGUAAUAGUCGAAUAUGAUACACAGAGUCCAGACGAAGUUUCGGUCUGGAAACAAGUAAUCGAAAGACAUGGAGGCGAGGUAGAAUCACAAUACUGUGCGAGAGCAACGCAUGUUCUAGCAAUCACACAAAAACAUCCAAACGUAGUGCAGGCCCUACGCGAAGGAAAACGUUGCGUGAGUGCUCAUUGGCUGUCUGAUAUCGUUAACAAACAACAAAAUCUUCCACCGUGGCAUGCACUUCAUUUUCCUACACCGUUCGGCUUGACUGAUUUACCUUGUAGCAAACAGAUUAUAUCCUUAUCAGGAUUUGAAGGAGAAGAGCGAAUCAAAGUUAAAUAUAUGUUAGAAACAGUAGGGGCUAAGUUUACGAAAUAUUUUUCUCGGCACAAUACGUUACUUGUAUGUAGAAGACCGGAUGGACCAAAGUAUAAAAGAGCACGGGAAUGGCAAACUGGAGUUGUGAACGCUCAAUGGUUAACAGAUUUACUCUGUGGUCAGAUGAGCGCAUUGCAUCAAUCAGAUGCACCAAAAUAUCAACAAUUUAGUUUAGGGAAUCCGUUUAGAUUAGAUUAUUCACUUGUGCCUCACUUAAUGGCUGCUUGGAAAAUGCCAAUAAACGUAACGCAAGAAUCCUACGAUAAAGUAAAACAAGUCGGUCAGGGACCAAAUGCAAUGAGGAAAUACAAAAAACCAAAAUUAGAUGGACCAAUGUUAAAUAAAGAUCCACAUUUGUUAGGCCUUGAUGAACCGAUAGAAAUAAGUAAUCCAAAUCCACCUACUCCAGAUAAACAACCUAGAAUAUUAUUUUCUGGUAUUAGUCCAAAGAAACAUGCAAAACGCAUCCGAGAAUUAGGUGGUGCUCUAGCUGCAAGCUGGAGAGAUGCUACGCAUCUAAUUAUGAAUGCGCCAGUAAGAACCGUGAAACUUAUUUGUUGUCUGUCUCGAUGUAAAUAUAUUGUGAGUGUGCAGUGGCUUCAUGACUGUUCAACAAAAAAUACAUUCGUCGAUGAAAGUUCUUAUACGCUAAGCGAUCCAGAGUUUGAAAAGAAUUUUAAUUGCAACAUCGAAAAAGUUUUAGCUAGUCCUAACAGGGAGAAUUUACUUAAGGGAAAAACUUUCUACGUAACGCCAAGCGUAGUACCUUCGCCGUCAGCUAUGGCUGAAAUCAUUGAAAGUGCCGGAGGUACAAUGGAAAAAACGAGAAGAUCACUUGCUCAAAUACAAGAAAUGAAUAGUAACGGAAAAUUAGAUUAUAUAAUAAUGACUGUAGAAAAUGAUUUGCACUUGAUUGAUGAUGUUGUCCGAGCAGAUAUCAAUGUAUUCACUGCAGAAAUUGUUCUAGGAGCAAUUGCAAAGCAAAGCUUCCAGCCCGGGACGCCUCAAUCUUAGAAUAAUAUAUCUAUAAAUAAAUUCUAAAUUUUAUAUUCAGUCAUUUUAUGAAAUCCAUAAUUGAAGGAAAUUGUGAAUAACAGAGUAAUUAAUUUCGAUAAA